AUGAAUUCAGCUAUCUAUAACGUUACUGACACUUCGCUAACGAAUUCUGUACUGGAUUCAAUUGAAUCUAUAUCAUACUGGAAACUUUUUGUCACAUUUAUAUGUCUAGUAUUAGUAUAUGAUCAAAUUUCAUACAUUCAAAAGAAAGGCUCCAUUUCAGGCCCACGUUUUAAAAUUUACCCAAUUAUUGGUCCAUUCUUAGAAUCUUUAGACCCAAAAUUUGAAGAAUAUAAGGCAAAAUGGGAUUCUGGUGCUUUAUCAUGUGUCUCAAUCUUUCAUAAAUUCGUUAUCAUCUCAUCAACAAGAGAUAUAUCGAGAAAAAUUUUUCAAGCUACUAAAUACGUUAAACCUUGUGUCGUUGACGUUGCCGUCAAAAUUUUAAGACCUGAAAAUUGGGUCUUCCUCGACGGUAAAGCUCACACAGACUAUAGAAAAUCAUUGAAUGGGUUAUUUACAAGAACUGCAUUGGCUCAAUAUUUACCAUCCUUGGAGACAGUCAUUGACAAAUAUUUGGAAAAAUAUAUUGAAUAUUCAGAGCAACACAAUUAUGAACCCACUAUCUUCUUCCAUGAAAUGAGAGAAAUGCUUUGUGCAAUUUCCUUAAGAGCAUUCUGUGGUACUUAUAUCACAGAGGAGCAAGUGAGAAAGGUAGCUGAUGACUAUUAUUUAGUCACUGCAGCAUUGGAAUUAGUUAAUUUCCCAAUAAUUAUUCCUUAUACAAAGACGUGGUACGGCAAAAGAACCGCUGAUAUGACAAUGAAAAUUUUCGAAAACUGUGCUCAACGUGCAAAAGAUCAUAUUGCCGCAGGAGGAGAACCAAUUUGUGUCAUGGAUGCCUGGUGUAAAUUAAUGAUGGAUGCAAAAAAUAAAGAUGAUGAAGAUUCAAGGCUACUACACAGAGAAUUCUCGAAUAAAGAAAUUUCUGAAGCAAUCUUCACCAUGUUAUUUGCAUCUCAAGAUGCAUCCUCCUCAUUAGCUUGUUGGUUAUUCCAAAUUGUUGCUGACCGUCCAGACAUUUUGGCUAAGGUUAGAGAAGAACAACUCAGAGUUCGUAAUGGUGAUCCAUAUAAGAGAGUCUCAAUGGAUAUGAUUAAUGAAAUGAAAUAUACUGAUAUGGUCAUCAAAGAAUGUUUGCGUUACAGACCUCCUGUCUUAAUGGUCCCUUACGUCGUAAAAGAAAAAUUUCCUGUCACUCCAAAUUAUACAGCUCCAAAAGGCUCAAUGUUAAUUCCAACAUUAUAUCCUUCAUUACAUGAUCCUGAAGUUUACGAAAAUCCAGAUGAAUUUAUUCCAGAAAGAUGGGUAGAGGGUUCCAAGGCUAGUGAGGGAAAGAAGAACUGGCUAGUUUUUGGUUGUGGUCCACAUGUUUGUCUCGGCAGAACAUAUGUGAUGAUAGUAUUUGCUGCUUUAUUGGGUAAGUUUGCACUUUUCACAGAUUUUGAGCAUAAAGUCACCCCCUUAAGUGAAAAGAUUAAGGUCUUUGCUACUAUUUUCCCAAAAGAUGAUUUAUUGAUGACUUUCAAGAGAAGAGAUCCCUUAGGCAAAGUCAUUAAAUGA